CGCGCCCCCACCGGCCGCGCUCCCGUCUCGCCCGCGCCGGGACUCACCGAGGCGCAGGGGCUGGAGGUGGCGCUGGGAGUAGGCGAGCGCUGCACGGUUCUCACAUCUGGUUAAUAGCGUUCAGCUUGUAAUGGACUCUUGGCAGUUCUGGACUUUGUGAACCCUGAAGCUGAAGUCAUGUGAUGCGAUGAUCUAAGUUCAGUACAAAAGAGUCUGUUGGGCUGCCAAAGCCAAAAGACAACCUACAGCAAUUCUGAGUCGUGGAAGAGACAUAGCAACCUUUGGGAUUAUUGCUUAGCAACUGCAAACACACAGAGGAGGGAAACUCGCAGCCCGGCUCCACAGCAGGGAUUGAGGCAUGGCUGUUCCACCAGAGGAGACAUCCCAGGCUGCAGACCUAAACCAUCCCGAACUCAGAGGUGAGAAUGCGACUGCCACAGAAAUGAAGAGAGAUCGAGGGACCCAUGAGCUGCCGUGUCUAGAUAACUGUGCUCCGUGGAAAAGGUGUUUUUAUGAACAGGUACAGCAGAGGUGUCUGAGACUGCAGGAGACAAAGGUGAAAGUGAUUCAGGCAGAAAAGGCAAGAGAAGAGAAGAUACGAAAGAGGGAGCCCUGUGACUGGCUACCCAGAGAGUGGUUCAGUGAAGAGAAAGAGACCCUGGAUACUCGCAUCUAUUUGCUUGAAAAACUCCUGCCUACGUUAAUCCCAGGUGUAGAAAAACUGUUAAUGGAAGUGGAAAGAAAGAACGUGCUCGCAGCAGACAAAGAACCAAUCAAAUUUAACCCCAUUAUUUUUCUUGGAGAAUAUAUGAUGAGACAUAACCCUCAGUACAGUGUUGUUACAAAACCAGGCCCUUACCUGCGAGGGAUGAAGAUGGUCACAGAGGAGCUAAAAGCUGAGAUGCCGGGUACAGCGUCAGAGAGGCUGGCCAGGAUGAAGGCUGAGGCAACAAACAAACGUAAGGAAAGGGAGCGGGUGGAGAAAAUGAAGUCUCAGGUGAAAGCAAUGAGAAAGGAGGCGCUGGCAAUGCAGUUCAAAGAGUGGAGAGUGGAUGUCACUGGCAGAAUACCUGUUGCACUGGUUCAGAGUGCCCUGAGGUCUUUUCUGGAUGUCAUUGCUUCUAUUCCCAUAGAUAUGGGAAAUGCAAUCUAUGGCAGGAAGCUGGAAAUCAUAGAGACAUUGGAAGAAAAAGUAAACACAGAUGAAUUCAUAGAGUAUAUCCUUUCCUACACUGAACAUUUGUCAGAUGAUGUGUUCCAAGAAAUCCUGAAGCAUCUCUCUCAGUGUGCUCGUGACUUCCAAGAAGCAAUAAGACAUGAUGUGGGGAGGCAAAUGUUUGCUGAUCUCUUCCUAGAUUGUGAUUAUGGAAAGGCUGGUCUCUUGGAUAGGCAAAAAAUCCUUGCCCUGCUGGCAGACUUCUACGACAGAAGCCCAGUGACUGCUAGGAAGCGAUUCUGUAACCCCAGACAGUGGCCAAUAAUUGAGCUACAAGAGACUGAGAUUGAGGAUUUAUGGGGAAUUUUUGAUGGCCAGCAAGUUUGUGAAGAACUCCAUGAAAAGUUAGUCCUGUCUGAAACGAGAAUUUCUGAGGGGGAGGCUUUAGCAUAUGAACCUGUAGAUGAUAAAAGCCAAGGCACAUACAGAAUAGAAACUAAUGCCAGAAAAGGGCUUUUUGCACUAAUGGGCAUGAGUGAAGCUGAGACUGGAGGAAUUUCUGAGGAAGAAAAGCAAGCGGCAGAAUCAAGUGAUGCUGAGGUGAGAAAGGAGGGUGAGGAUGCUGUGUCAGCGGUGAAAAGCACUGAUUUUGAAGCUAGUGAUUUGGAUGGAGAUACCGUACAUAGUGAGAAAUCCAUUUCCGCUGAAGACACCAAAACUGAGAGGCAAACUGAGUCUGCAAGUGCAGGCAGGCAGGAUGGACCUUUCACAGAAUCUGCCUCUACUGGGCACAGUCUCAGCGGAGAUGGAGAACCUGAAUCUGAAAAUCAGGUGGAGGGAGAGGAAUUUAGCCUGGGUAAAGAGCCUGGUACAGAAAGAAAUGGGGAAGAAGAUUAUUGUAUCACCGACAGAGAACUCGGCUCAGAAGGGCAAGUUAGUCAGGAGGAGGACAACCAGAGUACAGAGACAACUGACAUAAUUCCAAAACCUGAAGCUACAACCAUGAUCUCAGAAGACAGAGUUAUGGCAGACACAGAUGUCACUGCUUCAAAACAGGGUGCUCCAGCUGCAGAGGUUGUGCAAGAAACUCCUCCAAGAAAAGAGAGUUUUUCUAGGCAGCAUGGCAGCCAGCUUGGCCAACAGACAGGCUCAGAGAAAAGAUUGCAGGAUGAGGAACUUCUGCAAGACCAGGGUAAAGGUCCGGCUCGCUCAGACAGACAGGAUUCUCCAGCUGAAGCUAGCCAGGAGUUUGAAGUGCCAUGGUCAGGUGACUUUCGGACUUCUGACCUAAGUUCCAUUUAUGGCAGCUACAGAUCAAGAACUCCAGACAACUGGAUGCGUGAGAACAGUAGAAUUCCAGAAUUACGUCCCAUCAUGGCAGAGAUUCAGAACCGUUGGGCUUCAUGCACGAGGAGUGCCUUUGAUGAAAGAUGCCUCAACCUGCCACAGUUCGUACAGCUCAUGGAGACGUUUGUUGGUGAAGACAUUUCUCUGCCUACCGUGAAGAAGCUUAUUGCAUUUAUCAAAGAAGGAUACAAACAGACAGAAGAGGGAAAAAUGGAACAACUAGAAAGAGUUCAACGCAUCUCUCACUUGGCCCAACGGGAACUGCUUUUGGAGGCACUUUUCGAAAAAUGGGACAGCAAUGCAUCUGGGUUUCUGGACCUGGAAGAGGUGGAUGCUGUUCUAAGCACAUUUAAGGAAGGGAUGGAAAAAGAAGCUGUGAGGAAGGCAAAGGAACAACUUUGUGCCCAUUACCCACAGUUCAGCAGAGAAGGGAAGCUAUCCCCAAAGGCAUUCCAGAUUUUCCUCAAGUUAGUUGCUUCCAAGUGUACUGGUGAUGAAGAUGAGGCUGUUGAUAACUUGGUGGAAUUUCUGAACAGAAGUGUGGAACGAAGUAGCACGGAGUGCCUGCAAAGCUUAACCAGGAGGAGAUGGCUGCACAAUAUCCAGCGAGCAGCUGAGACCAGCAGAGCAAGCAUGGAACCAGUUUACAAAGCAGUGUUUAAGGCCCUCUCCCAGGAUGCAGAAGCCCAUGGGGAUAACAAGAAAGUCAGUGCAUAUAUUGCCCUUUUGGAAGAGAACCAGCUCUCACCAGAGCGGGGACAGAUUCUCCUACACUAUGUGGCGUGUACGGCAGAUGAUGCUCCAUAUGUUCUAAAUCAGAUACUUUACAGAGACAUGAAAGGAGUAAGCUUCACAGCUGUUGAAGAUGGAAAGCCAAUCCAUGUUCCAAGAGUUCAGCUCCAUGGAAAUAUCCACUUCUGGAACCAUGACCGCUCAGUGGAGGAGAGAAAAGGUUCAUUCCUGGUACUGCCAUUGCAUGAUGCUCGCUGGAGAGCUUUUGGCAUUCUAGGACUCGACACUCUUCGGGACCGGUGUGAGCAAACCAUCUUUCUGACCCAUGAGAUCAGCUUCUAUCAGGGAGUUUGUCAUGCGUUCAGCAAAGCCUACCACCAUAUCUGUGCACUGGAAAAUGUUCUACAAAUGGCCGUUACUGCUCUGGACUGGUUGUACCCCAGGGCACCCAGCAUCCACACUGUCAGUAUGUACCUGGUGGAGCCUGGUAAGAAUGAGACAUGCAGCUACGCUCUGUGCAAGAUGAUUACUACAGAUAAUACAGGACAUAAAGACAUUCAUAGCUCUCCUGUUCUUCUCCUCAGGAAAGAAAGCCUUUUAAGAGAUUACCUAUUUAAGUGCGUGGACAGUUCAGAGGUCAUUUGUAUUUCUGUCUGUGGAGAAAACCACAUUGCAGUACCUCUCCGUGACCUGUCAGGACAAGCUCUUGGGAUACUGGAUAUCAGCAUUGGACACCAUCAGAAAUUACCACCUCAUGAACACAAAGAACUGCAGAAAAUGCUAAAGAUAGCCCAAGAUGCCUGCUCUGAGAUACUGAAGAUAUCUUCGGAGGAAACGGAACCAAGCUGUGUACUGGAGGCAGAACACAUAGGAAAUUUGAGGUGUGCAGGGAUUCUGUUUCACCGGUUUAUGCUGCAGGACCUGCGCAAGUGCAUUCGGAAACUCAGUGCUGAGAGCUUUGCUGAAAUAAAGAGCUAUGUAGAACCACCAGCUCUGGUCCAUGACAUAGUGAAGAAUGUGCUCUUGCUUCUUCAUCCAAACUGGAAGGGCUCAGAGAAGACCGAGAGCUGGAGUCAGUGUAUACUGAAAUUGGAUGAAGAUUUGAUUCAGGAGAUUUAUUGCUUUGAUCCAACUGCUGCAUCUGUGCAAGUUCAAGCAGAGCUGCUGCUGGACUGCAUGACUGGCGUUCCUCGAGCCGUGUGCCGGCACGGCUGGGCUCCGUUGGAGGUCCUCUUGGAGUGGGUUCACACCUGCCUGGCGCUGGCAGAGAUUGCCACCAGCCUGCGCACCCACCAGGCUCUGUCUUCAACCCCUCCAUCCAGCUCCAACCUGCUUCCACUUCCAGCUCCCAAUUCCUCCUCUAACCUCAGCACUUCUGGUGUUUGACCUCUUUUCAUCAAUCAAACGCUGCUUCGUUACUUUUAGGCGUUAUUUUUGAAGAUGGUAGGAGGUCUCUUAAGGCAGACAGCAAUACAAACACUAAACAAAACAUUUUUUCCUGUAUAGCAACUAAAUUUUGACUGCUCGAUUAUAGCUUUGGGCGUUUAAUUAAUUCUGAUGGGGAAAAGUGUGAGGCAGGAACAAGUUCAGGAUCACCGAGCUACGACGCUCAUCAAACAUUUUUAAGAUUCAGUCUCCUUAAAUUACUUUUUAGGCAUCAUUUUCAGUAAAAGUUGUUCAUCAGCAUUUUGCCAAGUUCUUCUAAACGCCUUGAGGAACAGCCUUGUGUUUUAAUACAGCAAAACCAGCUCUUUUCGGCAUAAACGUUGGGAUCACAGCCAGCCGUGCUGUCUGGGGCGAGAUUUCAUCUUCCCGAUAACGUUUCUUUUGGCAGAAUGUCUUGUUUAAUAAAAUUUUGAGAGAUUAAAAUCCUCUCUCUUUUUUUUCCAGUCAGUAACAAGUGACUUAGGUGCUGACUGGCGGGGGUAGGGUGGCUCCUCGGCCCCUGGGGGACCGGGGCGCCUCAACGACCGCUCCCGCCCCAGCGCCCCUUCCCGCCUCUGCGACUUCGCGGGCGUGAGGAGCUGUUGGCUCCACUCGGCUUCCCUUCGGCUC